AUGGAGUAUCCACAACCUCCGGCCUCCGCUGAUGGCUCUACGGACGUGUUUUCUCUCUCUGACCAAGUUUUGUCAGAGAAACUACAGUUUAUCGAGGAAAUAGGCUUUGGUAACUGGGGCAGCGUCUGGCUUUGCCGCCCCAAGGAUGGUCUUCUCAACAAUAACGACGGCGUCGUUACACUCCAGGAGUCCAAGAUAGCUGUCAAGCUUGUUCAUCGAUCCAAGACUUCAACCACAGCUGCACGCGUCCGUUCUUUAUGGAACGAAAUGAAGAUUGUCCGCGCAUUCAAGACCGACCCCCAUCCCUCCAUCAUUCCCUUCCAUUCGUUCAUAAUAACGCCCUCCUACGCGUUGAUAACCAUGGCAUACCUUCCUACCCUAAUUCCCGUGGAGGUCGACGAAUCCAAAGCCCGCGAGUGGUUCCACUUCCUGCUCUCCGGCACCGAAUUCCUCCAUAAACGUGGAGUUGUCCACAACGACAUCAAGCCUGCAAAUAUCCUGCUUUCUGACAAGAACAUUCCCGUUCUCGUCGACUUUGGCUUCGCAGAGAAGUACGACCUGAAGUCAAGUACAGCUUUCCAUAGUAAUUUGUCGUAUGGGACGCCGGAGUACCUUUCUCCUGAACGCGCCCGUGGGUUGCCCCAUGAUACCAGGAAAUCCGACGUCUGGUCGUUGGGUAUAACUUUCUUUGAAAUACUCAUUGGUCGUACUCCCUUCGAACAUUCGGAUACUGAGCAGUUCUCAACCAAAGAAGAUCUCGAAAAGUACUGGGCUCGUACGCUUCGAGGUCGUUGGGUCGGUACCUGGAAGAUGAGCAAAGGCAUGGAGAGACUUUUACGCAGGAUGAUCUCUCCCAAUGCCGACCUUCGGUGUAAUGCCACGGACGCCAUGAACGAUUCAUACUGGCGUGCAAUGAAGGAGAGUAACAGUAACACAUUGCACAGACGUUCUGCCAGUUAUACGUCGUCAGUUGUUUUCGAAAACGAUCUCUCGAAGCUCGUUUCUCCUCAGUCUUCCAGAGCUAAAGAGAACAGCUUCUCGCCUCCCGGACUCGAGCGCAGCCUCACUAAAUCCAAGUCCCAACCGAAGGUCACAAGCUCGCGAGUUCCAGUGAAAACUCAGAAACGCGUCCCUGUUCCUGCAACCGCAGAUCUUUCGCCCAUCAAAGCAUCACCACCAACUUCACCUCCUGCCAGCGCAACACGACCACCGCUCGCUGCGUUGAGUGGACGAACCCGAGAAAAUCUCCCCCAACACACAAGAGCGCCAUCUCGGGACACCAUUCGCGUCAAACCGUUAUCCGAACUUACUGCAAACCGGAAACGUGACUCAGUGCGAGACCGAGUCCGUGAAUGGGAGCGAGAGAAGGAGCGACUUCGAGAAAUGGAAAGGCUUGAUGAGCUUGAAAGGGAUCGUGAUUCUCAACGAGAAAAGGAAAGGGAGGAAUCAGAGAGAAGACAGAAGGCAUUGGUUGCAAGAGAACGCCAACGCGACAAAGAAAAUCAGAAGGAUGCUGAUCAACCAGUUAUGCUACCAACACCACCUUCAUCCACUCCUGCUCCAGCACCAAGAGUGUCAUCUCCGGAGAACGUGGCAUCGUCGCGAAACAACAGUUUUGCGAUCCAAAGUUUCAAACACAGCAUUAAAUUAUCAUUCGGUUGGUGCCUUGUUCGUGUAACCCGACGAAUUGGACUUGACGUCGUCGAAAUAGACAAAACAUUGCAAUUCUACAAAAACACGACAUCACUGGGGCAGGCCACCAGCCGGAAUGUGUCGACACGCACUUUGCCACAGGAGUUACAGGAAGAUAUUUCCUCCAGUCAGACUCCGAGCUUGCGACGUGAAUCUUGGGAAGAUGAGUUACUCGAACGCGAGGCCAAAUCGUCGUUACCGGUUGUUCGGCAUGCCGUCCAUAACGAACGAGUUGCCGCCGACAACCAAGCAGAUCGCAUGGCUAUAUGGAUGCGCAAUGUGGAGCAGGUCGUUGAAGAUGCUCGCCAGACUUUCGCCUCAUCUUCCAAUGAGCCAGCAACGCUGCCCUCGCUUCCUGCAGCUCCACUUUCCCGACCUGGGCACGUCGCGCGACAACCUUCAUAUCGGUCAUCGUCUCGACUACCUCGAAGGAUUCUCGCAGCAAGUCAAAUUUUCUCGGACUCCCCCGACUCGACUUUCAACAUGUCGUCAAUGGACGUUGCUGCAAACAGCACAGUUGCGAAAGAGGAAGAACCCCAACUUCCAGGAAAACCACAAAGACGUGCAACAAUGAGUGCAGAGAUGGAAGCGCCAGCAACAACAGAUAAUAUCGAAACUGGUUCGCCGUCGAGAAGGAAGGAGAAGAGCCGGUCUCAUGGCGAUUUGCUUGAACGACGGAUCACAUCUAUCGCAGUUCUCGAAAAAGAACUUGCUAAAUCUACCGAGUUGCUGCCUUCACCGCGACUCGCGACUCCUCGUUUGGCAGAUGUCUUAGACCGUAGUCUUUUGGUUGCCUCCCCAACUAAAGCCUUCGGCGAGGACAACGACGACGAACGGUCCAGUACUGCUGUGGAUCGCUCGCGAUCCUUCGACGAGCUCACUUCAUCCCCAUAUCAUGUCCAACCUUAUCCGGCACGCAAAGCCAACGGUCAACCUGCGCCGAUCCCUGACUCGCCAAGUCUCCGUCGUCUGGAAGGUGUCUAUGACCGAUUCCUCAUGGCCACUACUGGCGUCAAACGUGUUGGCAAGGGCUACCAGUCAGACAAUGCUGGUCCAGUCGCUUAUACUGUUGGCCCGUCGUCUGCAGUACCCCAACGCAACCAAAGAGCAUUUCAUUCGGCCCGUCGGGCGAUGCGCCCUCCAGUGUCUAGUGAAGAUGCAGACAACCGGCUCAGCGCCUCGGUUGACGAACUUGGUUUCAUGACCUAUGCUGGCCCCGGAACAGUGUCCCCACGAGAAGGCAACUCUACAAUGACGUUGAUGCGCAAGGCGUUCAAGGCCAUCGUCCCCGGCAAAACAGUGUCGAGGAGAAUCUCACGUGCUAUGUGA